CAGACGAUGGCGCUCAUGGACCUUUGAGCUGCGACCACCGCACAAGAAGAGGCGCCCGCUCUGUGAGCAGCCUUUCCUCCUAUUAUUAGCGGUGGGGUCGGUCGCGUUUCAUGUGGCGGAGACGUGAAUGCUCGUUAACGGACUUCAGCGUGUGGAUGCGUGUUCGAGCUGAGGACUGAAGUCUGGAUUGAUCUUACUUUGUCAAGGGAGUAGUUGCACUAAAUGCCAUGAAGCACACUCACCAAUACAUGGAAGUAAAAUCCUGUUUUAAUAAACUUAUCACUAGUUGAAUGUUUUGACUUUGUAGCAGUUAACGUUAACUUGCACAUAAUUAUUGAAAUUCUACAUUACAUUUAUACAGCUGCAUCUGUUGUAAAGGUAUGUGAUCUUAAUGUAAAGUUAAGUAGCUUUGCUCUGUUCUUAAUUUUUUUAUUGUAGUACUUGGAUCUAGUUAAACACACUGUUUGUACAUUUGUGAAAAUAAAAUGCAGUUUAGAUAUUUUUCUUUACUGCUUAUUUAUUAAAUUUACUGUAGUGUUUCUAUACUGUGGGCUGCAAGUCUGUAAACUGCAGAGUUGAGAUGUACAGGAUGUGCAUAUGAGAAGGGAGUUUCUUUUUUGCAGUGCUUGCAAACGUCAAGCUCCACAGUAGCAACACCUAAUAUUUACCAGCCAUGAAUCCUUCAUCUACUGGUCGUUUAUUAUAAACACUUACAUAAGUCCUGUGGUGAAUUCUGAGGUAAUCCUGUGUUGUUCAAGAUCAUUUCAGUUGGCCUAUUUUGGAGCAUUUAGCAGGAUGCGGUUAAUGGAUGUUAUUUUGCAGACUUACAGCUACCUUAACUUUGUUAGAGUUCAGAGGAAAAUCGGUUACAUGGGUCUAUGGUCCUGAAAUGUAUUAGUGUUCUGUCAGAUAACUGUUGUAGUGAAUUGCUGCUCUAUUAACAAAACAGCGGAGGAGGACACAGCCAGGCCUGUUUCAUGGCUCUGAGCGGUUUGGGCAGCAGAAACACAACUUGUGGGUUUACUGACAUUUUUAAUCCCCUGAGACAUCACAGGGUGACUAAGCCUGGAUGUCUCAUUUAAGCCCAAACACUUUCCAUUUACGAUGGGUUUGAAUCAGUUUUUGCCCCUGGGCUGAACAUUCAUCACACACAAAGUCAUCUUUGCUGCAUCAUGUUGUUUGAACAUUCUGUAUGAGAAGAGGAGUGACAAUUUCUCGUUUUCAGAAGCCACUCGUGAUAACUCAGCAGAAAAAUGUAUUUACGUUUCUUGAUAAAUAAGCUUGGUUGCCACGGGAAAUGGCUGCUGUUACCAAGCAACGCAUACAAACAACCCCUGCUUUGAAUCAUGCACAACAUUUAGCAUUUACGGUGUUUUGCCCUUUGUCGACCUGUGACUCGGAUAGUGACAAAAUGACUCAUACACUGGGUUGUGUGUGGUCACAGCAACACUACUAAAACAAUACAAAGUGAAGGUUUUAAAGUUGGGAUUGAUAAAUCAGGAGCAGAUAAGCUUAAAUCUGUAAACGUAGCCGUGGGAGAAAGUCAUUCUAAGCGUCUUAAAUCUCGCCUGUGGUUUGUCAAACUUUGUGCCGCGUCUUUACGCGCGGUUGUAGAGUCCAGGAUGCAGGAGGAGGAGGACGAGCCUGAGACAGAUGUGAAUAACGCUACCGACAUUCGACUCCUAAUUUGGUCCUCUGGGCGGGACCCGCCCCUCCAAGCUGCUGGUGAGCCGAGCCGGGGAGCGCAGCAGUCGCACUCUGCAGAGCUCCACCGCUGGAUGCGCCAGGGACCGGCAGCAGACACCCAAAUAAUAGUGGACCCUCUUUAGCGUCUCUCGUCACCUACUCCAGCAUCCACCAUGGCUGUGGUCCUGCACUCCAACCCUCUCCUAUGGACUCGCCUGGCCGCCCUGGUCUUCGCCUGCGUGGCCUUCUCCGUGGCCGUGCACGGCGGCCGGCUGAACCACGGCACCGGGGACUGGUGCAUCUUCUGCUGGGCCUUCAGCUUCGCCGGCAGCGUGCUGGUGGUGCUGGUGGAGCUGUUCGGCCUGCAGGCCAGGUCCCCCGUCUCCUGGAAGAACUUCCCCAUCACCUUCGCCUGCUACGCCGCCCUGCUGUGCCUGUCGGCCUCCGUCAUCUUCCCGCUGUACUUCCUCAAGGGCUCCGUGGGCCCCAACGAGACGCGCGACUUCCGCAUCGUGUCCACCGUCUUCUCCUGCCUGGCCACCAUCGCCUACAUCAGCGAGGUGAGCAUCAGCAAGGCGCGCCCGGGGGAGGUGGCGGGCUACAUGGCCACGGCCCCCGGCCUGCUGAAGGUCUGCGAGACCUUCGUGGCGUGCGUCAUCUUCGUGUUCGUCAGCGACCCGGUGCUGUACGACCGGCACGACGCGCUCAAGUACUGCAUGUCCGUCUACUGCAUCUGCUUCAUCCUGUCGGCGGCCGUCAUCCUGCUGUGCGUGGGCGAGUGCACCGGCUGCCUGCCCUUCCCCUUCGCCCGCUUCCUGUCCGCCUACGCGCUGCUGGCGGUGGUGCUCUACCUGUCGGCGACCAUCAUCUGGCCCAUCUUCAACUUCGACCCCAAGCACGGCGGCACGAAGAGCAGGCCGUCGGGAUGCAGCCACGCCAUGGGGCUGUGCGUGUGGGACAAGCUCAUGGCGGUGGCCGUGCUCACCGCCGUCAACUUCGUCCUCUACCUGGCCGACCUCAUCUACUCCACCCGCCUGGUGUUUGUCAGCGCUUGAAGGCGGAGAGGGACGGCAGUAUGCUCCGAAUAAAAUUCAAUUUGGCUGUUUUAUACAUUGCUGUGAGCAAAGGGUCACACACACACACACACACACACACACACACGCACGCACGCACUGCACCCCUGGUCUGUUGUAUGCUCUGAAAACAUGUUGCUGUAGCUCAUAAAAUAAGAACACGAUGGCCUGAAGCGCUCGGUGGGUCAAGGCGAACGCUGAAAAACCUCUCCCGCAAGAAUCGACUGGUCAGAGAGGGAGAAGGCGCGGAGGAAGUUCACGCGUUCAAAAUGCUGUGUGAACUGGACAAGAAUGCGAAGCAUCCGCGUAAACAUAGUCAGCGGUAGGAAAAUGAAGAGUGGCUCAGUGGAGGAGGCCUCGUUAUGAGUGUGUUUAAGUGUGACGUCAAUGCUCUGCCUUGUGUUUUUAAUUUGCUUUCAUUUAUAAAAAAAUCCUUUUUUUUAACCAAAUAGAGUAAAACAGUGACUAUUUCAGGACUUUGCAGGUAAUUGGCUGUUACAGGUGGUUGUUACAGCUGAAGUGACGUCACACUUGAAAUAGGGCAGAAUAAUAUACUUGAUGCCUCGAUGGAUGCCAUAGACAAGCCUUUUGCUCCUGUAAUAGAAUACGUGGCGUUUGCUGCCGUCGGAGGCCGUGUGCAGGAUUUUCUAUGCAUGUCUCGUCGAGGCGCCGGCACUAAAUUCACCAAUUGGGUCUUUUGGUUUUGUACUGCUGUAAAACAAAAGAGGAAGAAACGGAGACAAUGAAGCUUCUCUCGCUGCACAUUUGCCUGUUUGUGAUCUGUCCUUUAACGUUUUUACUUUUCACUGGUCAUGUUUUAUUUGCAGACGAUAUCAGUGUUGCAGGAAAAUGUAACCCAGCCUUUAAUAAAGCCUCAUGGUCAACAUGG